UCCAUCCGGUCCGGCCCGGCCCCGCCGCUCUCAGAGGCCCCAGCGGCGCCCCAGCAGGGAGGCAGCGGCCGGCAGCCCCCGCAUGGAGCCCUAGGGCAGCGGGCGGCGGGCAGCAUGUUCAGCCCGGACGGGGGGCUGCCGGCCGCCCCCUUUGGCCUUCUGACGGACGCCGGACCUCCCUUCCCCCGUGGCACCUUCGACGGGGCGCCCGCUCAGCCGCUCUUCUUCCCCUUCGCCGCCACCGCCGAGCCCGAGCCAGCCCGCGACCCGCCGCCGGCCCCGCCGCUGCCCGGGCCGCCCUUCCCUGGCCCGGCUGCCCCUGCCUUCCCUGGCCCCCAGCUCUGCCCCGCCGCGCUGCAGCCGGGCUCCGGCGGCCCGUCGGGGCUGGGCAGCAGCGGCAGCUCCAGCGGCGCCGCCAGCGAAGGCGGACACUCCAGCGACAGCGGUGAGGAGGACGCGCCAACCUCAGGAGAGCUGGAGCAGUUCGCCAAGGACCUCAAGCACAAGCGCAUCAUGCUGGGCUUCACCCAGGCUGACGUGGGGCUGGCGCUGGGCACCCUCUACGGGAAGAUGUUCAGCCAGACAACCAUCUGCCGCUUCGAAGCGCUCCAGCUCAGCUUCAAGAACAUGUGCAAGCUAAAGCCGCUGCUGCAGCGCUGGCUCAAUGAGGCGGAGAACACGGACAACAUGCAAGAGAUGUGCAAUGCAGAGCAAGUACUAGCCCAAGCCCGGAAGAGGAAACGCAGGACCAGUAUCGAGACCAACGUGAAAGGGACACUGGAGAGCUUCUUCCGCAAGUGUGUGAAGCCCAGUCCCCAGGAGAUCUCCCAGAUCGCUGAGGACCUCAACCUGGAUAAAGAUGUGGUCCGGGUCUGGUUCUGCAACCGGCGUCAGAAAGGCAAACGGCUGCUGCUGCCCUACGGCAACGAGGCAGAGGGGAUGAUGUAUGACAUGAACCAGCCCCUGGUGCCCUCCACUCUGCCCAUCCCAGUGACGUCCCAGGGCUACAGCCUGGCACCCUCCCCUCCUGUCUACAUGCCGACCUUCCACAAAGCUGAGAUGUUCCCUCAAGCGCUGCAGCCUGGGCUCUCCAUGAGUAACAGCGGCCACUGAACCAGGGGCUGUGGGCUCACUGCAGGUGGGCUGGUGCUCUGAGGCAGCCCCCCUUGCCUUUGGCUCACACAGGCAUAGCCCUGCUUCUGCUUGCUGGGCUGAUGUGUGCGGCUUUUGGGGUGCGAGGGGCUGAGAGCCUGACCCAGGGAUGGUGCCUGCUCUCUGCAGAUGCUCCCAGCCCUUCCCUGUUAUGUGAGCUCACUGGUCCCAUCAGCGUUGGCCCCCCUCUGACCUCUCCUGGGGCCAGCUCCUCCUGCCCCACUGCACCCUCUGAAGCCACACGUGCCCAGGGCUCUUGAGCCCAUGCCUGGCCCCAGCCGAGCUGCUCUCCUGCGAGACGCAGAAAAAAGUAUUUUUUAGAUUUUGGGAAGGGUGGGGGGAGGUGGUGGUUUUAUUAUUUUUUUUUAAGUUUUUGGUUGUAGUUUUUAAAAAGCAAAAAAAUUUGUAGUGAUCUAGUUUCCCAGGUGUCUCCUUCCGCCCUGUCAUGUAGAGAAGGGCUGGGGUGCCAUGCCCAGGGCCCAUGGCUCUGGUGGCUCUGCUGGGGCAAGGGGAGAAGGUGAGCCCCCCACCACCCCUCACCCGGUGGCACAAGAGAGCUUCACUGCUCUGUGGGGCAGCUGAUACUGCUUGUUUGGGAUGGGGGGUCCUCCCGAGUGCUUUGUGCCCAACAUCACCUCCAGGCCCCCCUGCUCUCCAGCUGCUGUCCCCCACCCCAGCUGCCCAGACACCACCUUUCCCUGGAGGGCCCAGCCCUGGGGACCUACUCCACCCUGUCCAUGCUGCUAGCAUCCCUCACCUUCCAGCCUUCUGUAGUUAAUGAUGAUUUUUUUUUUUUAAUUUUUUGUUUUUAAUCACAUUCCCUCUGUCAGUGAAAUAAACCUCAGAGUUCUUCGAGGCCUUCCUCGCAUCCCUGUUCCUGCAGCCCAGCAGCUGAGGGUUGGCUGCAUGCAGGGGUGCAGCAGGGCUGGAGCAAGGCACCCUAAGAAGGUGGACAUGUCCCCAUCACCCCAUCAUGCCAGCAACAUUCCUCUCUUGGCUGCCUGCAGCUUGGCCUCCCCCCACGACUGGUGGCAGCUUUGCCCUGGAGUGGUAUCAGCUUGUCAGAGCUGUUGCCCCUCAAAGCGUAGGGGGUCAUCUUCCACCCAGUUCAAGCUGCUGGUUUGCUGUAACUGCUUCUGGGAAGGUUGGAAGCAGUGUGAGCUUACUUGUAGGCUGCUCCAGCAGCUGCCAGGGACAGAGAAGAACUAAGAAUGAGGUAGCAGGGUGGGCAGUGAAGAGGUCUGGAAAGCUGGGGCUGUCCUCAUUGUAGUGUGGUGCUGACAGGGGAGGGAUGAACGUUCCAAUAUGUUUGGUCCAGCUGAGGCAAUCUCUGGGGUGAUAACCCAGCCAUGCAGGUCCAUUGAGCACGGAGCUGAGCUGGUGGGAGCGGGGAUGUCUGGGGGAUGAUCCUGCACUUUUCCCCACCACACUCUCAGUUGGCUUGCCCCCAGUCCAUUCUCCCGAGGCCCCAUCCCCAACCAAGCCUGUAGGGAAAUUUUUGGAAAGCCCUGUUUUUUCAGCUUGUGGGUGAUAGCUGGAGCUUUGCUCUUUAGGGCUGCCUGGAAUAGGGGCAACAAAGGCAGCUGCUCACAGGGCACCUUGGGACCCUGCAAAGGGCUGGGCUGGGCUAGAUUCCACCCUUAUGGGGCAGGGUCCCUCUGCAUCCCUGCUUAUCCCCAGAGCCUCCUACUUGCCUGCCCACAGGGUAGGGGCACAGCUGUGCGUGGCAUCCAUUGGAAACUGCCCCCUGUUGCUGCUGCCCAGUGCUGCCUGGUGCUUGAGGGUGCAGAAAGCUGGCAGGGUUAGGAGCAGAAAUAUGAGACUGAUGUCAUCUCCCAAAGGUUUGCUUCUCUCCACAUUUCCACUCUGGUUUUCUGCACGCAGCCAUACAAGAGCUGCAGCCCACCAUGGGACCCCUACAUCCUGCUACCCUGGUACCCCCUGCCCAUGAGUACCCAGCAUCUGUCUGUGGGCACCCACAGCCCCUCCUGUUCCGCUUCUGGUUGACCCAGAAAACAGCGGAAAUCGGAAGCCACAGAAGUCAGAAGAGCAGUGUGCCCAUCCAGCUGCCACCUCACCCAGGCUCUGCCAGGGUAGGGAUGUCCCCUCUGCUGACUCUCAGUCCUGGGCACCCAGCAGCUUGCAGGGUGUAGAGAUGGGGUUUGGUGACUUCAGGGCCACAGGGAAGAAAACUGGAAAGGAAGCUUGUGACAAAUAGAAUUAUUUAUAUCAAGGGAGUUGACGGCACUGAGUAGAGGGGCAAAGAGCAAGGCACAGAUGGAGCAGUCAUGUCUUACCCCUUGUCCUGUCCCACAGCCCUGACAGCACCACUGAUCCCAGAUGGGUACUUCCUCUUGGGAUGCCCAUGGUGCAGGGUGCCCUCUUGCCCUCUGUGCUGGGUGUGGAGGGUGCCCAUGGUGCAGGAUUUCCCCAGUGCAAUGUGUGCAUAUGCAAGUUGCCUAUGGGACUGGCUUUGCUUCUGGGUUGUGCAAGCCUCCAGAGGCUGUCAGGUCACUGGCUUCCUGUCACAGCAGGGAGGGAGUGGCAAACAGUGUCCCUCUGCCUGCCUGGCAGCACUGAGAUUGCUCAGAGCAUCCGCUGUCCUGUGGCUUCUUACUGGCACAGUAGCACCCAUGGCUCAGGGGUGGGGGCAGGAAAUGGGUGUUGCCAGGGAGAGGGGGAGCAGAUGCUGUCCUUCCUCCCUGGCCAUGGGGUAAGUGGACCCCCCUGGGCUGAUGCCCACUC